UACAGCGGCCCCGUGGCAACGGCCAGGGGAAAAACCUUACUCGAACUCGGUGAGACUGAGUGAGAAACAGAGAGGCAAUGUCUUCGUAUCACUCGUGUGGAAUGAGGGUUUUCAGAGGGUGCAGGGCACUCUUAGCCCCAGCCAAAUCCUCAGCUGCCGAUGUCGCUAACGCUAAGAGCACUACCACCACCCCCGCCAGAUCAAAGCCAAAGGCAAAGGCAAAGCCAAGGCCAGCGAAGGCAAUCAAUCAGGGAACAGGAACGGGGUUAUCGUCUCCAAAGCCCAAACGAGAAACGGCUGGACCCAGGGGCAUCCUUAAGGUGGGCCCAAUCUCCCCAGCGCUCCAGACCUUCAUGGGUGUGCCGGAGGCCUCUCGCAGCGGCGCCGUCAAGCAGAUCUGGUCCUACAUCAAGGGCCAGAAUCUCCAGAAUCCUGCAGAUAAGAGGGAGAUCUAUUGCGAUGAGAAGCUGAAGGCCUUAUUUAGUGGAAAGGACAAGGUUGGGUUCCUGGAAAUUGGGAAAUUGCUCUCCCUCCACUUUGUUAAGAAGACUGAUUAACUGCUGACUUUAGGUGUUUGGCUUAGGUAAGGUUGGUGCCCUCAACUCUUUACAGAUUAAGCUCUUGUGACAUUUCUUCCAAAUCCUUUGUUUGAGAGCGAACUCUAGGGCUGGGUUUGUGAUUAAAAAAUGUUUAGCUGGACAUGUUGUAAAAAGUACUUUUGAGUAGAUUGUUUUCAUGCAGUUGUCAGCUUAUGAAGCAGGUUGUGCGAUGGAUUAGCUAUGGUGAAAACCAUAUGUUACUGCACCCGAUUUCCUCCAUUAAUUGUUGAAGUUUCCAAGGGGAAAUCCUUUGGGGGCUUGGACUAUGGUCCAUGGAGAUGUGGUCUGGAUGCGCAUGUAUGUUUUUGCAAAUGCUGUCUAGAAUGCCCCUGUUCACGUGGUCUUCUUUGAGCCCAUUUUUAUUGAGCAUAUCAUUUGCAAUA